ACAGUAAACUUAGACUUGGGAAAUUUUUUUCUUUUUUGCUCAUUUUAAUUGUAUUUGUUGUCUAUCUCAAGUAAAAAUCAGUAUCUAAAAAACGUUUGAACUAACUUAUUUUAUUAAUUAGCUGUGUUUUUGUUACUAUUUCGUGAUAAUGACAAGUUUUACCUUAGAUCAAUCACAAGACUAGUUUUCCAGAUUUUAAAAUCCUCAUGUGGCUUCAUUGAGUUGUAAACUUUCAAGAAAAGAUGGCUGCUACAAAUCCUUUUGUGGAGGAGAUUGACUUUCGUGAAAUAAAGCUGCAAGGGGUCGUUGGAAAAGGCUCCUUCGGAACUGUUCGCAAAGGAAAAUGGCGAAAUUUAGUUGUUGCUAUAAAAAUGAUAGAAACUGAACAAGAAAAAAAGGCUUUUAUUGUUGAGGUGCAACAGCUGUCAAGAGUUAAUCAUCCAAAUAUUGUUAAGUUGUAUGGAGCCUGUACAAAAACUCCAGUAUGUUUAGUUAUGGAGUAUGCUGAAGGCGGUUCUUUGUACAAUGUUCUGCACUGUAUGAAACAAGUGGUAUACACAGCUGCUCAUGCUAUUAGCUGGCUUCUCCAAACUGCAAAUGGUGUUGCAUACCUUCAUAACAUGAAGCCACCUCUUAUUCAUCGUGACCUUAAACCACCUAAUCUCUUGUUAAUAAAUGGCGGAACUGUUUUGAAAAUCUGUGAUUUUGGUACAGCUUGUGAUAUACACACAAAUAUGACUAAUAGUAAAGGCAGUGCAGCUUGGAUGGCACCUGAAGUCUUUGAGGGCUCUACAUAUAGUGAGAAAUGUGAUGUUUUUAGCUGGGCCAUUAUUUUAUGGGAAGUUCUGACUAGAAAAAAACCUUUCCAUGAUGGUGAAGGUGCUACUGCUUUUGGUAUCAUGUGGGCUGUACAUAAUGGCAAAAGACCACCAUUAAUAAAAGGAUGCCCAAAACCUAUUGAGAGUCUUAUGACAAGAUGUUGGGACAAAGAUGCAGUUACAAGGCCGUCUAUGACACAAGUACAAAAUGAACUAGCUAAAAUAUUUCAAUUUAUGGAAGGAGCUGAUAAACCUAUCACAUUUUUACCACCACAAGAAAUUAGUGUUAGCGAAGAAUCUACCCCUACCACAAGUUCUGCUCCAAAACCGGAGACUGGCAGUUCUGGUUAUAAAACUGUUCUUCCACAAAAACUGGAGGAUAUACCUGGAUCUCCAUUGUCUAGCUUUGUUGAUAGUAAAUUCUUAUGUGUCGAAAAUGCUGGAGAGAAGUAUGCAAAGGAUAUGAAGAAGCGGCGAUCAGCCGAUUUUUCUAAUUCAGAUAUGAAAUUGCCUACUAAUUUAGGUCAUAGGAGAUCUGGAUCAUGUGAUUCACCACAUCUUAAAGCACCAGAGGUCUUGAGUAGUUUUCCUAAAGAUUUAGAAUAUUUUCAAAUUCCAGUUUUAAGUGAAGAAAGUGUAAAAAACAAUUUUUCUGAGGAGAUGAUGAAUAAUAUAUCAUAUUCAGGAAAUUAUUUUUUCUUGUUGGAACCAAAACUUCAACCACUUCCACCUGCUCAAUGUCCAGAAUCUGUAGAAAUUUAUGAAAAGCAUCUAGAUCUUGCCCGUGAAUUGUUCCGACAACUCAAUGAAAUUACAUUGCUGACUGAAAAAAAGAAUGAUUAUGAAGCCCAAUUAAAGGAGGGUGAUAAUUCCAACUCUUAUAUUGACGAAUUUAUUCAACUUAAAAAAGAAAAUGAUAGCCUUUUACAACUGCGACAAAAUUUGAAAACUCAGUUAGAAAUCAUCCGAAGCAAACAAAGGCAGAGAAGUAACAGUUCAGAUAAAGCUAAUGGAGAGGAUUGGGUGUUAGUCUAAGACAGUUUCGUAAUUGUAUUGCUUAUAUAUAUAUAUUAUGAAUACAUAUUUUAAGUGAUGCACAUUCUUAACCGAGCAUUUUGGCAGCCUUCUUAGUUGGUUACAGGUGUGUCCUCUUAUUACUGUUUAAUGGGUGCUUUGUGUUAUUUUUAUCUGUUAGUGUUAAUUAGAUUUUACAAAAAUUAAUGAUUUUGGCAUCAAUAACAAUAAUUUAAAAAAUAAUAAUUUAUCUAUGAUAAUUUUGAAAUAUCUAUUUCCUUAUUACAUUUUUUAUAUCAAUAGCGCGCAAAAGAAUAAGCAGACCACCUCGUAUAACUUAUAAUAUAAUGUUCGAAUCUUAAUCAGGGCUGAUUGUGCUCCGGAAAAAAUCCGGAUUUCCGGAUUUUUCGCUAACCGUGAUCCGGAAGUGUCUGGAGAUCGAAGGUUAAGACGUCUAAAAAAAUCAUUGAUCACAAAGGUUUCCGGAAAUCAAAUUUUCAAAGGUGGAACUUAAAAACUCAGUUUAUUUUAUUUGUUAGCAAGGGAGAGCUAGAUAUUUUAUCAGCUUAUAUUCAAGAUUAAUAUUCAUUUUUUUAUCUGUAAAUAGUUAUUAUAAUCAUAAACUCAACAAAGAAAGACAUCUUGGUAAAUUUCAUUUACUUCUCCAAGUCAUCAUUGGUAUGUGUAAAUGAUAUAGGUAUGGGUAAAAUUUUAAAAAUAUUUUAAGCUAACAGGGUGCGUAGCAUUUUUAAAAAGUGCUUCAAGGUGCUUAUUUUCGAUUUUCGUUUCUUAAAAGCCCUGAAAUGUGCUUU